GUUGAAAGGCAGUGUUCGCCUCAUGAGGAUUUUUGGGAGCAACACAGCGCGGCCCAUAUUCCUAUAAAUACUGAGGCCAUCGUCGAUUUUAGACUUGAAGUUUUCUCCCCCAAAGUCAACCUCUCGAGAUCACUGAGAUUAUUUUCCCUAUUUCCUCGAGACUGACUUCGAGUCCAAGGUUAAGAUCACUUACACUUGCACUCACUCUACCCUUCCACUAUCUCCCCCUUUCUCCCCCCAUCUGCCUCCAGCCUUGAAGGCUAUCCCUUCCAAGAUGUCUGGAACCAUGCCACUCCAACCGACAUUCUACGGUUUCAUCGGGGACACCACUGAUGCCUUGAUCAUUUUUGAGGCAUGUCUCUCUGGCAAACUGUUUCAUGUCCCUCGUCGACCACAUGACCGUGAGCGUCAAGAUCUCAUCAAAAGCGGCAAUAUCUUCGUCUACGAAGAGCAUGCUUCUGGAAUCAAGCGCUGGACCGACAGCAUCUCAUGGAGCCCCAGCCGUAUCCUUGGCAACUAUCUGCUGUACCGGGAGCUUGAGAAGCCCUUCCCACCUGGAGAGAAGAAGCGCGCCAGGGGAAGGAACGGCAAGUCAACCACACAAUCUGGAGGCAUCACUAAAUCACGACCACGAAACUCUGUCCCUUUCCAAACAGGCCUGGAACAUGGUAAUGAGUACACCACUGUGCCCAGCGAUGAUGAGCGCCAUCUGGUCGGUUCACUCGUCGACUCGUACGACUUCAAGGAACAAGGACUGGUCAAGAAGACUAUCAGCAUCACGUACCAAGGCGUGCCUCACCACCUCGUCAGUUACUACCAUGUGGAAGACGUCAAGGCUGGUCUUUUGCCUAGUCCUGUGGAUGAUCCCAGACUCCGCGGCGUCGUCCCUCGAACCGAGCUCCUGACAGGUCAGAACUUCCGCGCCCCGAUCGAGGAAGCUCAACACGGUACCUACUUGAGCGGCGCCUACAUACCAAACAUGGAUCACCAGUAUGCUCCUAUUGGCUUUCCCACACACACACAGCAACCGGCACUCCAACAGCAGCCACAACAGCAGCCACAGCCGCAGCACCAGCCACAACUACAGUAUCAGCCACAGCCGCACCAGCACCAACCACAGCUGCAGUACCAGCCACAGCAGCAGCACCAGCCACAACAACAGUACCGACCACAACCACAGCACCAGCCACAGCCACAGCUGCAGUACCAGCCACAGGCGUUGCACCCGACAGCACAUGGUUACCCGCAGUCUUAUGGUCAGACGUGGUGGUAGAACGUGCUUAUAUAGAGCUUCAGUAUAGGGCAGCAUCAAUAAUAAACACGUUGGAGUCCUUGAAAAUUG